CAUAUCAAUAUAUAUAUGAAUAUUGGAAUAAUGAUAUGGUCAUCUCAAAAAUUGCAAAAUUUUGUGAAAGAUGGAAAUAGACGCAAAUAUUGUGAUCGUUGGAGCUGGAAUAUCUGGUCUUGCUACAGCUUUAGCUCUUCACAGGUUGGGAGUUAAAAGCUUGGUGUUGGAAUCAUCAGAUACACUGCGAGCAGCUGGGAUCGCGUUUACAACUUGGACUAAUGCUUGGAGGGCUUUGGAUGCACUUGGGAUCGGCGAUCCACUCAGGCAACAUCAUGGCCCGUUAUUUGGGAUAUAUACUUCAUCUACUGUUACAGGAGACUUGACUUCUUAUGUUUCAUACACAAAUAAGGGAAAACAUGGAGAUCAUGAAGUUCGAUGUGUGAGGCGAAAAGCCUUAUUAGAAGCACUUGCAAAAGAACUACCUAGUGACACCAUAAGAUAUUCCUCCAAGGUGGAUUCUAUAGAAGAAUCAGGCUUAUUAAAACUAGUGCACCUUGCAGAUGGAUCCACCCUAAAUGCCAAGGUACUGUUGGGGUGUGAUGGAGUGAAUUCAGUGGUGGCAAAAUGGCUCGGAUUCAAGACACCAUCCUUGACCGGAAGGUCGGCUAUAAGAGGUUGUGCAUACUACAAGGAAGGCCAUGGUUUUGAGCCUAAAUUUCAUCAAUUUGUGGGAAAUGGUGUUAGAUAUGGCGUCGUUCCUUGUGAUGACACUGCUGUUUAUUGGUUUUUGACCUGGUCUCCAUCUUCUGAAGAAAGCAAAAAUCUGCAAGAAGCUGAUCAACUGAAGCUGAAGCAAUUUGUGCUAAGCAAACUUGGGAAGGUGCCUGACCAAAUAAAGGCUGUGAUAGAAGACACCAAAGUUGAAGAAAUCGUACGUUCUCCACUAGGAUAUAGGCCUCCAUGGGAGAUCCUAUAUGGAAACAUAAGCAAAGACAAUGUAUGUGUAGCAGGUGAUGCAUGCCACCCUAUGACACCAGACCUAGGCCAGGGAGGGUGUUCUGCUCUAGAAGACGGGGUCAUUCUAGGAAGAUGCCUCGCUGAUGCCUUGGUAAAUCAUGAAAAUGAGGAUCAACAUCAGAGGAUAAAGAACGGGCUACAAAACUACGCGAAGAUGAGGAGAUGGAGAGUGUUUGACCUCAUUAGUACAGGGUAUAUGCUGGGUUGGAUACAGGAGUUUGAUUGGUUUGGUAUGAGGAUUGUAAGAGAGAAAUUUCUUUCUGCAUAUCUUUCAGGGUUGUUUCUUAAGAAGGCUGAUGUUGAUCCUAGACAACUUGUGCUCGAAUAUUAAAGCUCAUGAAAUAAUUAAGUACUUUAAUUUCUGCAUAACUUAUGCUUUAUGUCUUGCCUUUUUCUUCCUGUAAAAUUUUAAUUUGUACAAUGUUUUUCACAAGAACUGUACAUCAUUCUGCAAGAAGAUGACAUGCAUACAACAAUAAUCAAUAAGCUCAAAAAAAUAUGGGACGAAAAUUCCUAAUU